UUAGCGGAUUCAUUAGGUUUUUGAGAGAUUUAGUGAAUUAAACAGAGUAUUGAAGUUACUGUGUGUUUAUAUUUAUGGUUAAUUACAGUAGGAAAACGUAUUUAUACGAAGCAAAGCAGAGCUAAUAUACUGCUUGGCUAACUAGAAUAGAUAGCUUAGUUAGCUACUCAGUACUGCAUGUGUAUGUAUGUGCUUUAUGUGUAUAUGAACUUUGUAUGGCUAGUGUUUAUAAUCUCACAGAAAUAUGCUUAUUCAGUGUUUGUGUAGCAGUUACUUGUUUUGUGGUUCAUUUGUUUAGUCAAUACUGCAUACCUCUGUCUCUUAUCUGCAGAAACUGCUGCUUAGGUGUAUCUGUGCUACCUGCAGAAAUGAAGAUGUUCCAAGUCUUCUGUUCAUAUUCUUGAUUUUCCAACAUGACAAAAGUUUUUCUCCAUGAAAAUCCAAUCAAGAGACUUUACAAAUUCAAAAUGUUUAACUGCUGAAAGCGGUUAAGCAAAAGGCAUUCAAAAGAAUCUCCAAAUCAGCAAAAGUUGUUUUGCUACAUCUCACAGAACAAUGAAUCCAAGUCCAGAGAAAGAGAAAACUCACCACUGUUCUAUCUGUGGAAAGAGUUUUAAUAAACUGAGUAAUCUCAAAGCACACCAGCGCAUUCACACAGGAGAGAAACCAUUUCACUGUCCAGACUGUGGAAAGAGGUUUACUCAGCAGGGUGGUCUCACACUACACCACCGCAUUCACACAGGAGAGAAACCGUAUCAGUGCCCGGAGUGUGAGCGAAGUUUUAUUCAACAGAGUGAUCUCAAAAAUCACCAGCGUGUUCACAGUGGAGAGAAACCGUAUCAGUGCUCGGAGUGUGGGAAGACUUUCACUCAACAGAGUACUCUCAGAGCACACCAGCGUGUUCACACCGGAGAGAAACCAUUUUACUGCGCAGAAUGUGGGAAGAGUUUUACUCAACAGAGUGAUCUCAAAAUACAUCAGCGCAUUCACACUGGAGAGAAACCGUAUUUCUGCUCGGACUGCGGGAAGAGUUUCACUCAACAGAGUGGUCUUUUACUACACCAGCGCAUUCACUCUGGAGAGAAACCAUAUCAAUGCUCAGAGUGUGGGAAGAGUUUCAUUCAACAGAGUAAGUUCAAAAUACACCAGCGCAUUCACACAGGAGAGAAGCCAUAUGACUGUUCAGAAUGUGGGAAGAGUUUUGCUCAACAGUGUGAUCUUAAAAAGCACCAGCGUGUUCACACUGGAGAGAAACCUUAUCAUUGCUCAGAGUGUUGGAAGAGUUUUACUCAACAAAGUAAUCUAAUACUACACCAGCGCAUUCACACUGGAGAGAAACCCUAUCACUGCUCAGACUGUGGGAGGAAUUUUACUACACAGAGUAUUCUUAAAAAACACCAGCUUGUUCACACAGGGGAGAAACUGUAUCACUGCUCUGAGUGUUGGAAGAGUUUCAGUCAAUUAGAUGAUCUCAAACUGCAUCAGCGCAUUCACACAGUAGAACAAACAUCACUUCCCCUAGUUUCAGAAGAGCUGCAGGUGCAGCCACAGUAGGGAAAAUGCAAAUAGUCAAUAAUUUACAUUUUAUUUUACUUUUAAUUAAUUUAAGACAAUAUGAACCCAAGAUAUUUCAUUCUGUUUUUUUGAUUAAUCUUUCAUUUCAAAUUGAAUUUGUUAAUAUGCAUCUAUUUCUAUAGUUCAGUCCUGCCACACAAUACAGAAAAUGUUGGGAUAGCAAAGCAUUUACCCAUUUAUAAUGUUGCUUUUCCUUCCCACGACACUUAAAGGAUGUUUUGACACUAAGGAUACCAGGCAGUGAAGUGUUAUAGGUGUGCAACACUGUGUAACAGUCACAUAUUUAGUUUAAAGAUUCUCCACAUUUUCUCUGGAGGACAGGUGAGCUACCUGUACUCUUUUCUUUUACAGCGGUACCAUGGUAAAGUCAGAGCUCACAGAUCUCCUGGAAGUUGCGGGAGUUUACCGCAUAUCAAUAACAACUUCCUGAUGCCCGCAAGUCAGAUAAAAUCUCCCGGAAUCUGGAAUAAGUGGCACAAGAGCGAACACAAACACAUGCAGACGACUUUAUUUUUAUUCAAUCGUGUGUAGGAAAGCGAGGGAGAGGAAGAGAAAGGCACUCCCCUCGUAUUCAUAUUCAUGAUAUACCCACAUCAUGACUUGUUUUUAAUAAUAGUCUGGCUUGCUCUUUUCCUAUUUGGUACAGAGCUUAUUUGAUUGUGGUUGGAUGAGAAGUAUAAACAUAUACCAUUCUAUGUUCUGAAAACUAUAUCAUAUAUAUAUAUAUAUAUAUAUAUAUAUACAUAUACCUUGUGCAUGAGUAGUCUAAUAAAGUAUCUGGUACAAACUGGGUAGCUUCUAAAAGUAAUGCAUUAAUUGUUUGUGAAAUGAAGUAAAUAUUAUACCAGUAUUUCCAGGAGUGUUGCACAUCCAGAAAAUGCAGAAAAAUCAACUUCCAUCUUUUUGACCACAAUUGCCAAAUACUGUUAGACUAUAUUCUUACCUUCAUGAGAAUUUAUGGAGUGCCCUAAUUCAACCCUUGUGUGGUGUUUUCAUUUUUUAUCAAAGGAAAUAUGAUACAAUUGAAAAAUGUAUCUAACUCAAACUCAAUGGCCUUGGCUUAUUUUUUGUGAAGAACAUAUAUACAUAUUUUUGAUGAACACACACUGUACACCCCCUCCCUACACAUUCCUAUUACAUACAGGAUGUUCGUGUCUACUGGACCCAGGGUUAAUAAAAGUGUGUACCUUCUCUCUGUC